AUGAUCUUUCAGGUGCCGGAUCCUCGUUUUCCGUUCCUUGGCGUCCACUUCACACCUCGCAUGAACGGAGAUGUGUGGCUGGGACCGAAUGCAUUGCUGGCGUUCAAAAGAGAAGGAUAUAGGUUUUCGGAUAUUUCAUUCACAGAUCUUUACGACGCUCUUAGUUACAAGGGUAUGAGGAAACUUGCAUUCAAAUUCCUGGGGUACGGCAUAAAGGAAUUCUAUCGUGGGUUAUGGAUCACGGGGCAAGUGAAGCAGCUGCAGAAAUUUAUGCCAGAUUUAAGGAGAUCAGAUGUUGCACGUGGUCCAGCGGGAGUUCGUGCCCAGGCACUCGAUCUGAGUGGAAACCUUGUGGAUGAUUUUGUCUUCGACAGUGGCCAGGGAGAAUUGAGCAAGCGUGUCUUGCAUGUACGUAAUGCACCUAGCCCUGGCGCUACAAGUAGCUUGGCCAUUGCUGAAAUGAUUGGCGAACGGGCAUCUACGUUGUUCAACCUGAAGCACAAAGCCCCAAAAUCACCGACCGCUCCUCGAGAUUUACGCUCACAGUGA